UGAGAAUGUGGUUUUAGUAGUGCACAGGAAUAGCCAGGGAGCAACUGGCUUGAGUUCUCUCUAGUACCUGUUGAUAAGAGAAAUCAACAGAUAGGAUAGGAAGUGGUGUAAUGGUACAAGUUAAUGGCACAAUGAUUUAUUUUAUUACUGUGACUCAAACUAUAUCGACAACAGAGAAAAAUGUCUUUGUGUUCUGUGAUACAAGUAGCCUGUCGGUAGGCCUACUGUGUUUAAAAGGCACUGAGCUCAUGUUGCUUGUUAAAACAGCUCUGACACGCAUUAGGAAUCCAUGUUGGUGCCAUGGUGACUAUGUACAGUAAUUUGGUGUGAAACCAAGGGGGGUAUUCAUGAAAACAAACUGCAUGCUGUCAACUUAGAGCAAGUGGCACAUCUGGUUGUAAAGAAGGAGUACUGUGGGUUAGUUCAGACUUCCAGAUUUUCUCAGGGACCCCUAUUGUGAUGCUCAUCAGCUGUUUAUCUGAUAACGCCUGGUAGGUUAUGACAUUUGACAUUGCUGGCCAGUUGAGUGAGGCAUCCCAACACUAGUAAAUGUUUAAUGGGGUACUGGUAUUUAUUACUAUCCUGGCGAUGACUAUCAUUAUGCUUCUUGAUAGCACUGCUUUAAUAAUUCUUGGGGUGGUACAAGCAAAGGGUGAAACGCUUCUCUAGCACAUGACGAAAGUGGCAAUAAAGAUCAGCGAAGAUUCAUGACUGAUGUCAGCUGUACUAGUCUGAGCAUUUCAAGCAGUCAGAAAAACAGAGGGUGAAAAGAAAGGUCAGAUGGGUGCUUACAAGGGUACAGGACAGGUGUGUCUGCUCCUUGGGCUUUAACUCAUCCCAAGGGAUUCUGGAAACCGGAUGAGUCAUCAAAGGCCCUUGGGAUGAGGUAAGGACAUAGACAUUGGUCUGAUAGCAUAUUAGAAAACAUCAAGUCAAAGUCAUUGAGUGCAGUAAUAUCACAAUAUCAGUGAGAGUACGUUUAAACAUGUUAUCUUACUCACAAGGGACUUUUGAAUCCAGAUAGCUUGGAUGAGAUAAGGGCAUAGUAGACAGUACUAAAACUGAUUCAUGAUUCAUAUCUGAUGUACUAGUCUGAGCAUUUCAAAAAUUCAAUUCAGAGAUAAGAAGGGGGAAAGAAAGAUCAAAUGGAUGCUUACUGUAUAGGUGUUAUUUGAACUGUGAGUCAUCUGGUUCCAGCAAUCCCUUGGGAUGAGGUAAGGACAGAGAAGGGCAGACAUACGUUUCAAUGGCUAUUAAGUAAGUCUUUUGGAUGACUAUUACAGCAAUCACACUGGCGAAAUGGUGCACAUUACAGUAUGUGCCUGUUGGGCUAUCGAACUUUAUAACCCAUUGUUUGGGCUGGAGGAAAAAGGGUUGUUUGUUUGUGUGACAGUAGGGAGUAAAACAUCAUUUUAAAUAUCCUCAGUGCUAAAUAGUUUUGUUUCUGUAUUGAACUGGUGAAUGUUUUAGUCUUUGUAGCUUUUGCGGAACAUCUGUCCAAUUUAGGGUUAGGUUAGGGUAUUUUUUUUUGUUUCUCCCGUCUUUGGACACAAUUUCAGCCCCUGGUUAGCUAUAUUUCACUGCCACCUUCACCUCAGUGUCCAGGGUUGCCAGAUGAGGCUGAUUAUUUCCAGCCCAAAAAAUGCUCAAAACCCGCCUAGAAGCACAAAAUCCCGCCCAAUUCUAUUGAUUUCUAUGGCAAAAAUUGGGCGGGUUUUUCUGCUAAAUGCCAUUUUUACCCGCACACAGCCAUCCUAAGCAGACCAAUUGGGCGGAAAACAGCCCAAUCUGGCAACACUGUCAGUGUCUGAAGCGCUCACUUCCUGUUAUGAGAGUGGGCUUGAGGUCAAAUAACGAUGAAGUUCAAAAUGGAGGCCUCUGCGGUGCAUGGUAUAUCAGAGAUCUGCAGCAUGUGGGAGACUCGAUUGGAGAGGCGGCAACGAAACGCACCACCACCUGAAGUCACAAUGAAUCUGGAAAGCAAACUGGACAUCCCGGUGUAUGACCUGUCUCUCAUCAGAGGCGUAUGGGAGACACGCGCCAAGAAACAAAAAGUGCGGCAGAAAAGGGAACAGGAACGCCUGGCCAAGAGUGCUUUGCAGAGGGUGAAUCAACAGUGGCAGUUCCGCAUAGCCUGUCGUAAGAUGAAGAGCGCGGAGAUGACCGAGCUGCAGCACUAUCUGGAGAGGUCCUCGCUAAAGGAGGUGACUAUUGACCCAUACCUGGAGGAGGAGCAGCAGGAGGGGGCCCUGGAGGAGGGACAAUGCACUGGGGGUGGAGAUUCUGGACUGCAGAUUGAAGAGAAACGGUUCAUUUUUGAACUGAGUGGUGACAAAUGGAAGGAGGUCCCAGCCUCCCUGUAUGAGAUGACCUACCUCCGCGAAUGGCACAUCACUGAGACAAAGAUCUUAAAGAUUCCAGCUUUCAUUGGAAUGUUUAAGGACAUGCGUGUACUGGAUAUACCCAAAAACUGCCUUGACACAUUACCACCUGAAAUAGGUCAACUGACACAUCUUAAAGAACUGAAUGUGAGUUACAAUAAGCUCUCUGAGAUUCCCCCUGAGCUGGGGGACUGUGAGAACCUGGAGAGGCUGGAGUUGACUUCAAAUUAUAAUCUCAUGGAAUUACCGUUUGAGCUGAGUAGCCUCAAGAAACUGGUCCACUUGGACAUUGCGGAAAACAAGUUCAUUAGCAUUCCUGUCUGUGUUCUGCGCAUGUCAAGCCUGCAGUGGUUAGACAUGAGCAACAAUGGGCUUAAAGAUCUCCCUGAAGACAUCGACAGACUUGACGAGCUGACCACAUUGUUUCUUCACAAGAACAAGUUGACAUACCUGCCCAUGUCCAUGGCCAACAUGGAAAGACUUACUAUGAUUGUUGUAUCUGGAGAGGAAUUGACAUGUUUGCCUUCCAAGCUGGUUGAGAGGCCAACAUUGAAGUUUAUUAGAUUAUAUGAAAAUAAUACUGGCCAAGAAACCGAUCAAGAGAGGAAGGAGGACGAUGAGCAGCAGCAGCAGCAGGAGCAGGAGCAUGUACCAGAUGUGAGCGAGAAGGAGUUCCUACACACCUACAUCGGCAGCCUCAAGGACAGAGAUACAGCUCCAACAUACACCACAAAAGUUUCCCUGAGUUGUGUUCUGUAAGUGAUACAAGAAAAAAAAUGUGUCCAGUCAAUGUAAUGAAAUGCAAUUGUAUGUUCAGGUAAAACAUGUGCACUAGUUCCUGUACGUUCCAUGGCCUGCCCUUUUCCUAAGCAGUGACUGAAUCUUCUUAGACUCACUUCUCUAGUUUUACACAAUACAGUUGGUGGUGAAGCUAAAGGCAGCAUGGAGGCUGAGUGAAGGGCUGAGGUGUGUAAGUUGUUGGUAUCUAGUCAACGGUAUCUCCAUAGUUAAACACCACUACAAUAAUUCUGCUUCUCUCCCUAGUUAGGACAUAGUCUAACAGGCCAAACCAUUCAUUUUGAAUUACUUUCUAAUUCAUGAAUGGUCUAAUAUCGCUUCUCUGGGGAGGGUUUAGUCGUCCUCCAGGCGGUCGGUCAAUAAGCAAACGCACCCGGGCACAUAAUAACAUACGUCAUGAACGUCAACUGUCAGCGAUUGGUCACCACUCAUUUCAAACCAAAGCUGAGCUCACUCCUCCCGCCCAAGCGCUCCAGGGCAUCGAGGAUCCAGACCAAAAAUCAAUUACUAAGUAGUUACUGUGGUCUGGUAAAACCAGGCUAGUUAGUAAGUCACAAAAAAAGGUCUGAACCCAUAUUAUCUUAUAUGGGCCCUAUUAUGUUCUACUUUUCUUAACCCUAGUUUAGUUAAUGUUCCAUCACUCUGACUGCCAGGAUCAGGACCCUGUAGUCCCCGUUUUGGGCUUUUUUGACAAAGGGGAUGGAGGUGGAAGUCUACAAAUUGGGAUAUGUGAUUCAUUGAGGCAUUUUAAGUUGUUAUACAGUAUAUAGUUGCAGUCUUUAAGCAGACAUUAAAUGUUCAUCUUAGAGCCUCAUAGACUCCAAACAGAGCUGUGAUUAUCUCAAGUUAGUACGUUUCUGUAAUACGGGCUCUUGCGACUAGUGAUGGAUUCUGGAGUGCUGCUUUGGACACAAGCGCAGUAAUUUGGUUCAGAUUGUCUUGUUCAGUCAUUUGUUCAUUGAGGGAAUGUAAUUGUUUUAUUUUUUGUCACUGGUUCAAAACAGAAGUUGUUACAAAGUGUUGCAGCGUUGUGAUAUACUUCCAUCUAGACAACAACUUGUCCUUUCAUGAUCAAAUGCACUUUUAGUUGUGAAAGGGUUACCAUUAAUUAUUUGCUGUGCUUGUGUUUCUCAUAACAGUUGAACAUUCAGCAACAUGUAAUUCCUUUUUUGAUACAGUGGGUCUGAGAGUUAUACCAUAUUCCUGUAUGGAUGAAUUGUAAAGGACUGAAACGCAUGAACGUCCAUGUAUUUGCCAUGUCAAUGUAGAUUUGUCUUGUGAUGUGACCAAAUGGGUAUUGGAAAAAAAUGUCCAUGCUUGGAGUGAGGAUUGACGAAAUAUGUACAUUGCUGACAGUCACUGAGGUGUUAAUGUGAUUUUGAUUGUGUAGGCCAUACUGUAAAUUAAAGGUCACAUCCUCAAUGGUGUUUUGAUUGAA